AUGCUCAAAAUUAAACAAAGUUAUGAGGUUUUCUUGUAUAAUGAUACAUUUCAAAUUGUUACCCUUGUGAGACUUAACCUGUGCUUUUACUUAGCUGCAGUUCUUCUUAAACAGUUUAUUAAGAAACACUGGCAGGAAGACGAUGAUGGCUUUGAACAUCCUGUUGUUUCAAAUGAGGAAAAGGCAAUUGUACGUGGUCUUCUUUUGCUUUCACUUGAUGACCCUCAUCGAAAAAUCUGCACAGCUAUUAGUAUGGCAGUUGCAUCCGUGGCGUCUCAUGAUUGGCCAGAUGAAUGGCCUGAGUUACUCCCAUUCUUAAUGAAGUUAAUUAAUGAUCAAAGUAAUACAAAUGCAGUGAAUGGGGCUCUUAGAUGUUUGGCUCUUCUCUCUGCUGAUUUGGAUGAUAAAUUAGUGCCCAAAAUUAUACCAGUUUUGUUCCCAUGUUUGCAUGCUAUUGUUUCAUCACCUCAGAUAUAUGACAAACCAUUGCGCACAAAGGCUCUUUCAAUAGUCUAUUCUUGUACAUCAAUGAUAGGGGUUAUGAGUGGUGUGUACAAGACAGAAACAAGUGCAUUGAUGUUACCAUUGGUCAAAUCUUGGAUGGUUGAAUUCUCUUCCAUUCUUAAGAAUCCUGUUCAAUCUGAAGAUCCAGAUGAUUGGAGUAUCAGAAUGGAGACAUUAAAGUGCUUGGGCCAAUUUGUUCAGAACUUUCCAAGCCUAGCAGAAAGUCAGUUCAUGGAGGUUUUGGUUCCAUUAUGGCAAACAUUUGUGUCAUCUCUUGUUGUAUAUGAAAGAUCUUCAAUUGAAGGACUUGAAGAUUCAUAUGAAGGAAGAUAUGAUUCUGAUGGCUCAGAAACAAGCCUUGAAUCCUUCAUCAUUCAAUUGUUUGAGUUUCUAUUAACGAUUGUUGGUCAUAAAAAGUUUGUAAAGGCUUUUGGAAAUAGUAUCCAGGAUCUUGUCUACUAUUCAAUUGCCUUUAUGCAAAUGACUGAACAACAGGUCCAUGCUUGGUCAAUGGAUGCUAAUCAAUAUGUUGCUGAUGAAGAUGAAAACACUUACAGUUGUCGAGUUUCUGGCUCACUUUUGUUGGAGGAAAUUGUAAUUUCUUGUGGAAUUGAUGGAGUUUAUGCAAUAUUAAAUGCUGCUAAACAAAGAUUCGAUGAAUCUCAACAACAAAGGCUCAAACGCUCUGCUGAUUGGUGGAGGAUGAGGGAGGCUACACUUUUUGCUGUGUCAUCUGUAUCAGAACAAUUGCUUGAAGUUGAGGUUUCUGGGCCUUCAGGGGUCAAUUUAGGAAACCUGUUGGAACAAACUUUCACUGAAGACAUGGCAUCAGGUGUACAUGAGUUUCCUUUUCUUUAUGCUCGUAUGUUUUCAUCAAUUGCUAAAUUCUCAUCAGUGAUCAACAAUGCUGUUAUUGAUCAUUUCCUCUAUGCUGCUAUUCAAGCAAUCGGCAUGGACGUCCCUGCCCCUGUCAAAGUUGGUGCAUGUCGCUCCCUUUCUCAACUCUUACCAGAUACAAACAGAGGAAUACCUCAGCCUCAUAUAUUAGCUCUAUUUUCAUCACUCACAGAGCUUCUAAAACAAGCAUCCGAUGAGACAAUGCAUCUUGUCCUUGAAACACUGCAGGCAGCUGUGAGGGCAGGUCAUGAAUCUGCAUUAUCCAUAGAGCCUGUUAUUUCUCCUAUUCUACUUAACAUGUGGGCUCUACAUGUUUCUGACCCUUUCAUAAGCAUUGAUGCACUUGAUGUUCUUGAGGCAAUUAAAAAUGCUCCUGGAUGUGUUCAUCCUCUCGUUUUACGCAUUUUGCCAUACGUGGGACCCAUCCUCAACAAGCCUCAACAGCAGCCUGAUGGUUUAGUUGCUGGUUCUUUGGAUCUUUUGACAAUGUUACUGAAGAAUGCACCUACUGAUGUGGUGAAAGCAAUUUAUGAAGUGUGUUUUGAUCCGGUUGUACGUACAGUUCUUCAAAGUGAUGACCAUGGUGAAAUGCAGAAUGCAACUCAAUGUCUUGCUGCUCUUGUUUCUGGUGGACAACAACAAUUGCUCACAUGGGGUGGUGAUCCUGGUUUCACAAUGAGAUGUUUACUCGAUGUAGCUUCAAGGCUUCUUGAUCCAGAUCUAGAUAGUUCUGGAUCCCUUUUUGUUGGGAACUAUAUUUUGCAACUUAUUUUACAUUUGUCCUCACAAAUGGCACAACAUAUUUGGGAUCUUGUUGCUGCUCUUGUUAGGCGAAUGCAAUCUUGCCAAAUUGCUGGAUUAAGAAGCUCAUUACUUCUUAUAUUUGCAAGAUUGGUUCACAUGAGUACACCACAUGUUGACCAGUUUAUUAAUUUACUAAUCACAAUCCCCGCUGAAGGCCACACUAAUUCUUUACAUUAUGUGAUGUCAGAAUGGACCAAACAACAAGGGGAAAUUCAAGGAGCCUACCAAAUUAAAAUCACAACAACAGCUUUAGCCUUGUUAUUAUCAACCAGACAUGUUGAAUUUGGAAACAUCAAUGUUCAAGGCCAUUUGAUCAAAUCAUCAGUAGGCAUCACCACACGUUCAAAGUCCAAAAUUUCUCCUGAUCAAUGGACAUUAAUGCCCCUCCCUGCAAAGAUUCUUGGUGUGCUGGUGGAUGUGUUGCUUGAGAUUCAAGAACAAAUUGGAGAAGAAGACGAGCAGGAAAGUGACUGGGAAGAAGUGGAAGCAGGUGAUGCUGAAAUAGAGCAAGACUUGCUUUAUUCAACGGGUACUACAUCGUUUACCAGACCUUCAAAUGGCUACCUUGAUGCCAUGGCAAAAGCUUUCAAUGAGGAUGAUGAUGAUGGUUGUGAUGAUGAGCUACUAUGUGCUGCUGAUCCCCUUAAUGAGAUUAACUUGGGGAAUUAUCUCACCAACUUUUUUCGGGAGUUCUCUCAGGGAGACAAGCCUCUUUUUGAUCAUCUUUGCCAGAGUUUGACACAGGCUCAGAAAAAAGCUGUACAAAUGGUUGUGAGUCGAUAAUUGUACCCUUUGAUAUUAAUUGAUUUUUUUUUCUUUUAUAAAUUUGUAUGUAUUCGGGGUGAUAAUGUAAACAUCCGAGUUUGUACAUUGCCGGUUUUUCGUUUCUAUUUUUUUUUGUGUCCUUGAGUGUUGGUAUACAGAGUGUUGUUAAAUUUAUUUGGGUAAAUGUAAUCAUUGAAAUUGUGCACAUCUCUAUAAAUCUGCCAUGUUUUUUUAUUAUUAUUUAGAAUUAGG